AUGGCUUACACUCGCGCAGGUCACCACGACCUAAACGCAUUGGGCAAUCCUAAUGGCAACACGCCAGGGCAACCCGCGCCUGGUCAGCAUGCAUACAGCCAGCAUCCCGAGUAUCAGGUCCAGCAUGCGUCGAUCGCUGGACAAGGUGGAUGGGGUAGCAGCCAGCACCAGCUCAGCGAUCCCGCUCAGACUGUCGCUCAUAGUGGAGUCACCAUGUCCGGACAACCAGCAGCACAAAUGCAAGAUGGUGGUGUGGUCCUGAUGGAUUCUUUUGGCAACCAGACUGGCUACUGGCCCCCUCCUCAAGCACCGAGGCUGACCGCAGCUGCUCCACGAGGAGGUGCGCGCAACAUGUGGGGCGCUGCCUGGCAGAAUCAUCCUUCGAACAGUGCAUACUUGCCCCAACAGCGUCGGACGCCGUGGGCUGCCGAUUCGUGGAAUCAAAUGCACCCAACGACCCAUCCCAGUACGGCAGGGUACUACCAGAAUCAAGGCGCUCAGUACCAGCAUCAAUCUCUACUUCACGAACAGCUGCGAAAGCUGCAACAGGAUGCUGACGCCCAGCUGCCCCAGCAGCAGUCGUCCCAUCUCCCGCUUUCUGAGGCCUGGUCGCAAGCGCCCCACAACAUAGCCAAUCCCGCUUACUCUCAUGUGCUCUCACAAUACCAACACCAGAUACCCUCGGGUCACCAGCCCUAUCCGACACAAUCUCGGAUCGCACCACAGAGCGCUCAUCAUCCAUCCGUUGACGUCCACCUUAAUAGCCUGACGCAGCCUCAGCAUCUGCCUUAUCACUACUCGGCGGAUGGCAAUGCGUAUCCUGCGGGACACGCCCAAUCUCAUACAGCCCUGCAACCUGCGGCUAUGGGCCACACUACCUCGACAUAUUCUGUGUCACAACAUGCUCCAGCUUACCAAUCGCAAUGGCCAUCAGCAGAUGCGCAGAUUCCAGGACCGCAUUCAUAUGCGCACCCUGACGCUGAUGGGUUCGGCACAGCCUGCCAGCCUCAGCCAUCGUCGCAUCAAGGUACAAUGCCCAUGGAGCAGCUCAGCGCCAUGGGCCCAUCCACAUGGAAUCGACCUGCUCCGCCAAAUUGGCAGGUGCAGCCUGAGCAUACGAGUCAAGCUCACUUUCCCCCCAGGCCCCAUGACUGGAACGCCGCGGCUCCCACAGACCCAAGGCGAGGUAGUGACCAGCAAGUCAUGAACGUGCCUGCGCCACCUCCUUCAGCCGAACAGGAGCGAAUUGCUCCGCCCGCAGAAGGCCCCGCUCCGCCCUCUCCCGCCACGCUGGAUAAGUCAGCUUGCCCACUGUCUGCCAUGGGCGCCGAGAUCAUUUGGGGAGCGAGUGCAGCACUCUUCGAUCCUGCAUUGAUCUCUGUCCAAUAUGAGUCGCCGCAACAGCGAGGGCGCGCAACAAGCUCCGCGCAGAGCAGUCCUCUGCUUGCAACGCCGCAGAUGUCGCCAAAUUUUUCAUCCUUCGCAUCUUGGACCAAAGCGGAGGCUACCAGCGGGCCAGCGCUAAAGGCCGUCGCGACGCAUGAGUUAAGCAAAUCGCCUCAACACCGCAGUUGGAACACUGGACUAGCAGGGGAGCUCAAUACAGCGCCAGUCAGCUUGCUCCAUCGUUUGGCUGUGGAAGGCGCUGGUGCUGCUAGUGCUGCACUUGCUGCAAAUCAGAAGCCUGGCGUUCAUCACCGCGAGAGUGGUGACAGCUCGACAGGAAGCAAUUCCAGCACCAGCGAGCCAGGCACGCCGCCGUCCAUCGACGAGUCCGACCUUGGCAUUCGAUCUUCGCCCAAAAGUCGAAUGGACAUGUCUGUUGGGGCAGAUGAAAGAGCUGCUCCACCACCCUCCGAAGAAUCGCUGAAUGCCGGCGCCACAAAUACGAAGACAGGCUCGACUGCUACGCCUUCCAUGCGGCAACAAGGAGAUAGAUCGAAGCAAGCAAUCCUUGCGGUUCUAGGGUUGGUUUCCCCGUAUUGGAGGUGGAGUGUCAACGACGAUAAGCUUUCCUCGGUCAUUGUCGCCAAUGUAUCCACCAGGACCGGGACUAGGGAGGGCUCACCCACUGCUGUGCCCAUGACAGCCACGCGCACUCGUCGCAGCUCCAGCACAUACAGCUCUCGUCACGCCGGGCAUGCCGGAGCUAUGCCUGGCGCUGACGUGAGUCCAGCAUUUCGACGCUUCUGCCAGCAAGUCUUGGCGCAGACGCUCCUCAGUCCAACCGCUUUCCUGCUCGCCAUCCUCUACGCGGUGCGCGUCCCGUAUCUGUUCAGGACGAGCGACGCUUUGCUGUGCGAUGAAGGUCGCGAAAUUUUUGCCAACCCACCUUCCGCUGCGCCCUUCAAGCUGUUCACCUUGGGGUUGAUGUUGUCCAACAAAGUCAUCGAGGACAACACCUUCCUGAACAAGACCUGGUGCGAUGUUACUGGGAUCCCGCUCGCUGAGUUGAACCGCAUGGAGAGCGUCUAUCUGUCAAAAUGCGGCUAUGAAGUAGCGGUGCCCCACACGUUGUGGGUGGCGUACCUGCGGCGGAUACGCGCCAGGGAAGAACAGAAGCUCAACGUGCUGCCCUUUCUUGGAGCUCGUCGUAUGUCGCGCGGACGGAUGUCGGCUGGCAGUCCUGCAGGCCAGGACCAAGUUCUGCUGUCGCCUUCGGGUGGUUCAAGUACCCUUGAAUCUUCGAGACGCUUCCUGGUUGCGAUCGAGGAUUGUCUUGGUGCCCUCGGUGAACUGCACGAGGCGCCAGUGGAGGAGCCUGGGAUGAUGGACGUAACACAUCCAGCCGACGAUAUCUCAGACGACAGGACGCAUCGGGACGGGCCAUCGGCUUCUUCGGACGGCUGGUUCACGACAAAAUUAGGCAUAGACUCACGACCCGAAGCUGGGCGUAUGCAGCGCCCCACAGCUGCUCUGCAAGCUGCUCAUCAGCACUGCCGCUCUGCUCCAGCAGCUGCUCUCGAUUUCCGAUCUUCUUCGCAAAUCAGCCCAACCACUACUUCCCACGACUUGGAUGACGUCUUUGAUGAUGAUUGCUCGCCGAUUCGCCCGCGCAACGCAUCUUCGCGGGGUGCGUUGACGAGCACGAAAGUUGCGCAUCCGUUGGCACACGCUGCGCGACCAAGUCUGGAUGUAAAUCUGACUAGAUCGCAUUCGGAUUGGUCUGAUGGGCUCGCUAGCUUUGCCAGAGUUGCUCCGCCGCACUUGACCACGGGCCCCAAUCAGCACGACCAUGGCGCCAUUUCUCAAAUCACCUCUCGUGCAGAGGCUCCUUUGGCACCUGGCAUUUUGCUCGCGAUGCUCAAUCAGUUGUAG